GUGGACGGAGCCCGCUUCCUUGUCCAGCAGGCUUCCGUCCGCCUUCCUUCCGGGCUUCCGUCCGCCUUCCUUCCGCGGACCCCAGGAGUCACCGGAGUCCAUGCUCAGAUGCUUCCAAAGCGGCGGCGAGCGCGAGCCAGGUCCCCGGGCGGCGCUGCCGCCUCCUCCGCGCUGUCUUCGGUGCUUUUCCCCGGCGUCGCGAUCUACCUGGCCGAGCCGCGCAUGGGCCGCAGCCGCCGGGCCUUCCUCACUCGCCUGGCGCUGUCCAAAGGCUUCCGGGUCCUGGACGCCUACAGCUCUGAAGUGACGCACGUGGUGAUGGAGCGGACCUCAGCGGAGGAGGCCGUCUGCUGGCAGGAACAGAAGGCUGCCCCUCCCCCGGGGCGCCCCCGCCCAGCUCUGCUGGAUAUCAGCUGGUUCACAGAGAGCAUGGCGGCUGGGCAGCCUGUGCCUGUGGAGGGCCGACACCGCCUGGAGGUGGCUAAGCCCAGGAAAGGGCCUCCAAACCCGGCAGCAGCAGCAGCGAUGCCAGCCUACGCCUGCCAGCGUUCCACACCCCUCAUGCACCACAAUAGCAGCCUCUCGGAGGCUCUGGAGACACUGGCAGAGGCAGCAGGCUUUGAAGGCAGUGAGGGUCGCCUCCUGUCCUUCCACAGAGCAGCCUCGGUGCUCAAGGCCCUGCCCUGGCCUGUGACGGCGCUGAGUCAGCUGCAGGGGCUGCCGCACUUUGGAGAACAUUCCUCUAGCGUCAUCCAGGAGCUGUUGGAGCGAGGCGUGUGUGAGGAGGUGGAGAGGGUGCGCUGCUCUGAGAGGUACCGGACCAUGAAGCUCUUUACCCAGAUCUUCGGGGUCGGGGUGAAGACCGCCAACCAGUGGUACCAAGAAGGGCUGCGUACCCUGGAUGAGCUCCGAGAGCAGCCCCAGAGACUGACCCGGCGGCAGCAGGCAGGACUCCAGCACCACCUUGACCUGUGCACCCCUGUGGGGCGACCGGAUGCUGAGGCUCUGCAGCAGCUGGUGGAGGCCACCGUGGGACAGGCCCUGCCUGGGGCCACUGUCACACUGACCGGUGGCUUCCGGAGGGGGAAGCUGCAGGGCCACGAUGUGGACUUCCUCAUCACACACCCAGAGGAGGGCCGGGAGGUGGGGCUGCUGCCCAGCGUGAUGAGCCAGCUGCAGAGCCAGGGCCUCGUCCUGUACCACCAGCACCAGCCCAGCCACUUGGGGGACCCCGGCCACCUGGCCCGGCAGAGCCACACCAUGGACGCCUUUGAGCGGAGUCUCUGCAUCCUGCGCCUGCCAAAACCCUCCGGGGCUGCCAAGGGGGCGGACUCGGAGCCCCGGUCCACCUGGAAGGCUGUCAGGGUGGACCUGGUAGUCGCCCCCUGGAGCCAGUUCCCCUUCGCCCUGCUCGGCUGGACUGGCUCGAAGCUUUUUGAGCGGGAGCUGCGCCGAUUCAGCCGGAAGGAGAAGGGGCUGUGUCUGAACAGCCACGGGCUGUUCGACCCGGAGCAGAAGGCCUGUUUCCCUGUGGCUUCCGAGGAGGACAUCUUCAGACACCUGGGCCUCGAGUACCUGCCCCCGGAGCAGAGGAACGCCUGACCCUGCACUGCCGCGCUGUCCUUAGCUACUGGAACCCUUGACGGUGAAUGGCUUCCUGUGGAUGUGCUGCAGCCCUGCUCCCACUUCGGGGCCCAGCGUCGCCAUGGGACCCGGGUCAGCUCUCGGCCUCCCCACUCCCCGGGUUCCUGCCCGGUGGGGGUAUCUGAGCCCCAUAUCCUGAGGGCUGCGGUGGGGCCUCCAGCAUCAGCCGAGGUGCGAUGGCUGUGUCUUCCAAGGGUGCCCUGCUCAGAAGGGCCGGGGAAAGCCUUGGGUCCCUGUCCCCUGCUACAGCCAAGAGGUGGGGCUGCAAGGGUUAGGUGUCUGGAGGGGGCCCAGGUCAGAACAACUGGAGUCCCCCAAGGCUUCCUGCUUCUGCCUCAGGCCUUUCCUCAGCAUUCAUAAAAAUAGGCCACCCCCAGCACUCCCCACUCAGCCCUGUGGCAGUUCGCAGCCCAGAGUCCCAGCAUGGCACAGGGCCCUGGUGUCCUGCCUCCCCGCCACCCCGCCACCCCAUCCACGCACCCCUCUCGAGCCCCUGGCCCAGCUGCUGCUGGUCUCAAGCCUCCUCACAGGCAUUAGCUCCUGUCCUGCUCUCAGGCACAUUGGCCUCAGGAGUCCGCCUUGAGCCACUGUCCCCACCUUCUUUGGGUCCUAAGGUCACCUUGCCAGUGAGGGCUUCCUGGGCCACUCACCCACCCCAUUGAAAAGUAUUUUGAAAAUUAACAUUCAGUAAAACGGACUAUUUCAGUGUA